AUGCCUCAUUACGUUAUUGUAGGUGCCGGUGUUAUCGGCCAUUACACAGCUUACAAGCUUCUCGAGAACAAUGUUCAUCCUCGGGAUAUCUUGAUCAUGGCAGAGUUCCUUCCAGGCGACGAGUCCAUCAAGUACACUUCUCCAUACGCUGGAGGCAACUUUUCAUGUAUCACAGGCGAUGAUCCCGAGACUUUGGCAUUUGACGAAAUGACAUAUAAAGAAUUGGGCCGGUUGCAACUGUUCUUGGGUGGCCCCAAAUGCGGUCUAGACAGAGUGAAGUCUACGGAGUACUGGGAUACGCCUCCAUCAGAUGAAAAAUUGGCUUCCUUGGAGUCUUACCUCUAUGAUAUAUCAUUCAUUCCCAGCAAUGACUUGCCGGAUGGCGUCCAGUACGGAAUUGAAUUCAUAACCUGGAACUUCAACUGUCCAAAGUUCCUCGCCAGCUUCCAGACGUUCUUACAGAAACAAGGUGUGCAAUUUGAACGUAAGAAGCUCAACAACAUUCAUGAAGCAUACCAAGAAGAUACGAGGGUCGUCUUUAAUUGUACUGGACUCGGGUCGAGGACCCUUGGAGGUGUCAAUGAUGAAAAAUGCGUCCCAUUAAGAGGUCAAGUGGUGGUGGUAAAGGCUCCUCACAUUCAUGAAAACAUGAUGAGAUGGGGUAACGACAAACCCACGUACAUUAUAAAAAGACCUUAUUCUAAUGACCAGUUGAUUCUCGGUGGAUACUUACAAAAAGGAGAUUGGACGCCGGACACUUUCCGUGAACAGACACAAGAUAUCUUGGAGAGAACUACCAAACUCUUCCCCCAAAUUGUGGAAAAGAACUACAGAGGCAAACGUAUUGAAGACCUUGAAGUGCUCAGAGUCGUAGCAGGUUUACGUCCAGGAAGAGAAGGAGGCGCCCGUAUUGAAAGAGAGUUCAUCAAUGCUGGAAAGACGCUUAUUCACAACUACGGUGCUGCUGGUUACGGAUACCAGGCAGGACUUGGAAUGGCAGACAAGGCAGUCCUGCUUGCCCUCGGAAGACCAAAGCUUUAG